AUGUUCAGGGCACUGGCCAAGGCCAGUGUGGCCCUGGGCCCCAGAGCGGCAGGUUGGGUACGGACCAUGGCUUCCCACCAGCUACUGGUACACCCCCCAGAGACCCUGCGAAAGCCCCUCUCUGUACCCAACAGGCUUCUGCUAGGGCCUGGCCCCUCCAACUUGGCUCCGAGAGUCCAGGUGGCCGGUGGUCUGCAAAUGAUUGGUCACAUGCACGAGGAGAUGUUACAGAUCAUGGACGAGAUCAAGCAAGGCAUCCAGUAUGUGUUCCAGACCCAGAACCCCCUCACGUUGGUCGUCACAGGCUCAGGACACUGUGCCCUGGAGACGGCCCUGUUCAACCUCCUGGAGCCGGGGGACUCCUUCCUGGUCGGGUCCAAUGGCAUAUGGGGACAGCGAGCUGCAGAGAUCGGGGAGCGGAUAGGAGCCCGUGUACACUCGAUGAUUAAGGAGGCUGGAUGCCACUACACACUUCAGGAGGUGGAAGAGGGCCUGGCUCAGCACAAGCCGGUGUUGCUGUUCCUGACCCACGGGGAGUCAUCCAGCGGCGUGAUGCAGCCCCUCGAUGGCUUUGGAGAGCUGUGCCACAGGUACCAGUGCCUGCUCCUGAUUGACGCCGUGGCUUCUCUGGGUGGAGUCCCCAUCUACAUGGACCAGCAAGGCAUCGACGUCUUAUAUACAGGCUCCCAGAAGGUCCUGAAUGGUCAGCCCGGGACCUCCCUCAUCUCCUUCAGUGACAAGGCAAAACACAAGGUCUACACUCGGAAGACAAAGCCCUUCUCCUUCUACAUGGACCUCACAUGGCUGGCCAACUUCUGGGGCUGCGACGAGAAGCCCAGGAUGUACCAUCAUACCACACCUGUUGUCAGCUUGUACAGCCUGAGGGAGAGCCUGGCACUCAUGGUGGAGCAGGGCCUGGAAAAUUGCUGGCAGCAACACCGCGAGGCCGCAGCAUAUCUACAUGGGCGCCUGCAGGAGCUGGGCCUAAAGCUUUUUGUGAAGGACCCGGCAAUCCGGCUGCCGACAAUCACGACUGUGACUGUGCCUCCUGGCUACAACUGGAGAGACAUCACCAACUACUUGCUAGAUCACUUCAGCAUCGAGGUCACGGGUGGCCUUGGGCCCACUCUGGGGAAGGUGCUGCGGAUUGGUCUUCUGGGCUGCAAUGCCACCCGAGAGAAUGUGGACCGCCUGAUAGAGGCCCUGAGACAGGCUCUGCAGCACUGUCCCCAGAACAAGCUGUGA